CUUAAACGUGACAAUGGUCGACAGAUGUUGGUGGAUUUCAUUUCAGCUGAUUAUCUGUCUAUUCUCUGCAACUGUAUCUAGCAAGAAGUGUGAUAAUAGGCGGACAAAAAGAUACCAAUGAUCAAUGGACAAAUAUGGCGUACAUUUUCAUAGGAGCCAUCACGACCCUGAGUGUUGUCGGUCUACUGUUUUACUGGAAGGCGUGGUAAUGUUAGAAGAAAGGACGAGAAGAAACAAAAUGUUAUAUAAAAUACGACGCAUCCAUUUAUAAACUCCAUCCUCCAUUUUAUAUAUCUUUUAGCAAAAAGAAAUAGAUUUGAAACUCCGUCAUAAUGUAUGUUUUGUGUCAUUAAGGUUUUCUAAAAGAAGCUCUUCAAACCUAGAGAUUGACCAGUUGAACUCCAGACCUUCAGGUAUGAUAAACGGACAAUUAUUAACAUCAAUUUAUAGAAAUAAGAACAAACUACAAAUAAGAUAGGGACUAAUCGAGAUGUGAUUACACCUCAUUUAAUCUGAUUUAAUAUAUUUUUUUCUCUUCAAAGCAAAUCAACAGGAAAAUAUAUGAGAGACGUAGAAACGCAUUGGCCAGUGAGACGGACGGUGAAAUAUCAAUGUUACAAGUACAACACAACUAUACUGGUCUACAACGUUCUGAGAACCAACCGGAAAUGACAAGAGGGAAUGAUAACGAUAUUCCAUCUUCUACUGUUGCCAUCUCACCUCACGGUACAGAAAUCAGUGGUUACGAUGUCGAAGAAGUGGAAUAUGAACAUUUCGAUAGAAGCACAGCAUAUCAUGUGUUGUCUCUUCGUAGUAAUUUUCACGGAUCGCUGUUGAAAUCAGUUGAAUUAUCUUCAAUAAUAGGUCACAGUUCCAAUAACAUAGGAAAUGAGUAUGAUCUUAUUAGUGUGAGUCAUGAUAAGGAGCUUUUGCCGGAGAAAGAGAGGACGCUUUCACAGAAAGAAGAUAUUCGCCAAAGUUUGAUAGACGAAACAAUAAAUGUGCAUAUAGAUAACUCUCAACUAAUGAUAGAAAUGAUAAUGAAAAACGAUGCUGAUAAAGGUCUCUUAAAGACAACAUCAGAGGAGAUAAGUCUACCUCUAAGAAAAACAGAAGCUUUAUCUCCGCGUGCAUGCGGUUUGACAGAAGGCUUAUGGAGUAUAACUGGACACUCAUCAGAAGAUGAAAGUAUUUUGUCAAACGUGGUUAUCAACGAAAAAAUGGAUGAACUAUGUUGUUCUAACCAUGGCAAAGAGGACGAAAACAGAAAGCGUUCUAAUGAAGCAAAUAAAGAAACAGUAGACAGUGCAAAGCCCGAUGAAGACGAUGAUCUCGUAGUUCAAAAUGAUAAAAGACAUGAAGAAGUAAAUCCUCAGAUAUACAUGUACACGGAAGAAUCUGGUGCAAGACUUCCUCCCGGGCGAUCAGGCGAGUACAAUUAAGCGAUGUGAGAACAGGAUGACACCAGCAUUAGAUCCAGUAUAUUGUCAGUUGAAGUUUUCAUUACAAAUGAGGAAUUUGACGGGCCACUUAGUAUUUCCGUAGUUAGCGCCAUUGACGAUAUGAAGUAAAUACUGUUGCCGAAAAUCUGUUGGUUUCAAUGUUUGGGGGUAGCAAUGCCAGCUCCGACAAUCACAUUUGAUGUAACAUAGAAACCGACUAUGUGUCAUGCUCUUUUUUAUAGGAAGGUCAAUAUACAUGUAUUUGGUAGUUUUUAGAUCUAUAAUCAAAUUUCAUUAUUAUCACACGCUGCUAACUGGAAUUACCCUAUGUAUUCUGCAAAUUAGUCUUCGCUGUUUCAUCACUUCUCAAUUACGUGUUCAAUUUAGCAGUCAGUUCAUCUUGAUUUUCUAUGUUUAUAUAAUUUCUAUAUCAUAUCAAUAUUUUAUUGUUCUGGAUUCUUGCUCAUUAACUUUGUAUUCCUAAACAGUGAGUUGUUGAAAUUUAAUUUAGUGGUGAAAUUAAUUCAAUAUACGACUUAUGGGAGUCAUGUCGGGUGUUACCGGUCGGCAGUACAUGUUCACUUCUCCUAGGUACCUGAUCCUACAUCUUGUGUAUCCAGAGGUCCGUGUUUGUCCAACUUUCUAUUUGCAUUCCUUAAAGGAGUUAUGGAAUUGAUCACUGUUCGUUAUCUUCACCUUUUAUAGGAGGUAUGGAAUUGAUCACUGUUCGUUAUCUUCACCUUUAUAGGAGUUGUGGUAUUGAUCACUAUUCGUUAUCUUCACCUUUUAUAGGAGUUAUGGGAUUGAUCACUGUUCGUUAUAUUCACCUUUUAUAGGAGUUAUGGGAUUGAUCACUGUUCGUUAUAUUCACCUUUUAUAGGAGUUAUGGAUUGAUCACUGUUCGUUAUCUUCACCUUUAUAGGAGUUCUGAGAUUGAUCACUGUUCGUUAUCUUCACCUUUAUAGGAGUUAUGAAAUUGAUCACUGUUCGUUAUUUUCACCUUUAUAGGAGUUAUGGGAUUGAUCACUGUUCGUUAUCUUCACCUUUCAUAUGAAUCAAGUCACAAACCUUAUGUGUUGUUUUGCUUUGUGCCUCUUGAGUAUUUUGUAACUCAAUAUAAAUCAAACAAAUAUUAUUUAUGUAACUAAUUAUCAUUAAUUAUUAUACUAAUAAAAAUUAAACACAUUUGUUAACAUUACAUGUAUAUUGGUGGUUUAUUUUUCUCAAAAUAUUUUAGUACAUAAA